AAAAAUUAAUAUCUCAUAAAAAAUCAGCAAUAAGCACUUUAAUACUUUAAGAAAUUAAAAUUAAUAAAUACCCUUUAGAUAAAUUGAAUUACUCUCCCCCUUAAAAGAUAACCCAAUCUCCGAGGCCAUUAAAUAAAUAAAAAGUUAGGCUAAAUAAAAUGGCUGAGGACUCAGGUGAUGAGAUAGAACUUUAAAUGAAGGAUUAGAAUGAUGUUAGUGAUGGGAAAAAUUAUUUAGAGCCUAAUGGGCAAGAAGAGGAUCUUUUGUUUAAAAAGAAUAAAAAUAAAAAGAAAUCAGUUAGUUUUUUUUCCAAGCUGUACAAUUGCUUGAGUGGUAAUUCUUAGCAUGAAGGAGAUAGAAAAAUUUACUUAGAUGGGCAUUCAGUGCCUAAAAUAAAUGUGCAAAAUGUUGUGAGAAAUCAAAAAUAUAACAUUUUUACUUUUAUUCCUUGUGUGCUUUACAAUCAAUUCAAGUUUUUCUUCAACUUUUUUUAUUUAUUAAUAUGCAUUUCUCAGUUUAUUCCAGCCUUAACUGUAGGGUUUCUCUUCACUUACAUAGCUCCUUUAGCUUUUGUGCUAAUUUUAACUAUGAUUAAAGAUGCAUACGACGAUUACAAAAGAUAUAAAAGAGACAAAGAAGCAAAUAGUUCACUUUAUGAAGUUAUUGUCAACGGACAAAUAAAAUUAAUUCCUAGUAUGAACUUAAAAGUAGGAUAAAUCGUAAAAGUAAAUUUAAAAUAAAGAAUUCCUGCUGAUUUAAUUAUACUCACUGCUUCUGAGCCAAAUGGUACUGUUUUUAUCCGUACAGACUAGCUUGAUGGUGAAACAGACUGGAAAAUUAGAAAAUGUAUCAGACAUACACAAAACGAAGUCGACUUUUAAAAUGCUGUAAGUCUUUAAAAGCUGGGAGGUCACGUUGUCAUUAACUAGCCUUAAGAAAAUAUCUAUGAGUUUUCAGGUUUAUAUAAAUUUAAUGAUCACUAAGAACCACUUAAUUUAGAAAACACUCUCUGGUGCAACACAAUUUUAGCAUCUGGACAUAUAUGGGGUUUGGUCAUACACACAGGAAAGGAAACAAGAAUGGCUAUGAAUUCAAGGCAUCCUAGAAGCAAAUUUGGGCUCUUUGAUGAAGAAGUCAACUAGCUAUCAAAAAUAUUAUUUUACUUUAUGAUUAUCCUUUCAUUUGUAAUGAUACUUUUCCAUGGAUUCACAUCUCUAUGGGUAAUUUAGUAUUUCCGUUACCUACUUUUGCUAAGUAGCAUCAUACCCAUUUCCUUAAGAGUUAACAAUGACUUUGCAAAAGCAGUAUUCUCCUAUUAAAUUCAAAACGAUAAGUCUAUUGAAGGUACAGUCGCAAGAAACUCUAAUAUACCAGAAGAAUUAGGAAGAAUAUAAUACGUUUUGGCAGAUAAAACAGGAACUCUCACACAAAACGAUAUGAUAUUUAAAAAGAUUAUUAUCAGUGAGAAAUAAUAUACAGAAGAAGACUUCAAUGAAAUUAGAUCCAUUCUUUCCAAACAUUGCCAAAAACACAAAGGUCCACUUUCUGAUGUAGAAGGUGAUACAAUUGCAGAAAAUAAAAGGCAUUUGCGCAGAAAAAAUGAUUAUUUACUUAGAGAUGCAAUCACAGCACUAGCAGUCUGCCACAACGUUACUCCAGUUAUUGAAGACGGAGAAACCGUUCUUUAAGCAUCAAGUCCUGAUGAGCAUGCACUUGUGAAAUUCGCACAAAGCUUAAAUAUAACUCUGCUUUCAAGAGAUGAGCAAAAAGUAGUUGUAAGAAAUGCUGCUAAAGAAGAAGAGCACUUUGAAAUUCUUGCUUGCUUUCCCUUCAGCUCCGAAACCAAAAGAAUGGGUAUACUUGUUAGACACUAAAAGACCAAUAAAAUUAUAUACUACUUGAAAGGUGCUGAUGCUAUCAUGGUAACGAGAGUAAGAAAAGUUUACCAUCCACUUAUCAAUGAUGACUGUGACAAUCUAGCUAGAGAAGGUCUUCGUACUCUUGUUGUUGCACAAAAGCUGAUUUCAGAAGAGUUUUACAAGGAUUGGAGAGCCAAGUACAAUAAAGCAUAAGAACACAUGCAAAAUAGAAAUGCAAAAAUUAGAGAAGUUGCUGAGUUAUUAGAAGUAGAUAUGGAGCUUUUAGCUGUUACAGGUGUAGAAGAUAAACUUCAAGAUGAAGUCUGCUCUACAAUUGAAAGUAUGAGGUAAGGUGGGAUAAAAGUGUGGAUGCUUACAGGAGAUAAAGUAGAAACAGCUAAAUGUAUAGCAAUCAGUGCAGGUUUGUAAUCAAGAAAUUAAGAAAUAUUUGAAAUCAAAGAUGAAACAGAUGAAAUGGCUAUAAGAGAACUGAUUAAUAAAUUUUCUCAUAAAUCUGAUUGUGUUUUACUAAUUGAUGGUGUAUCACUGACUAGAGUAAUAUAAUCUUGCUCAAAAAUUUUCUUUGAAACUGCUUGCCAAGCUCCAGCUGUAAUUUGUUGUAGAUGUGCACCCAAAUAAAAGGCUGAAGUUACAGAGAUGCUUAAAAAAUACUCCAAAAAAAGAGUACUUUGUAUUGGUGAUGGUGGUAAUGAUGUCGGUAUGAUAUAAUGUGCUCAUGUAGGAGUAGGUAUUGUAGGAAAAGAAGGAAAACAAGCUGCUUUAGCCUCUGAUUUUUCAAUUUUAGAAUUCAAACACAUCAAGUAGUUAUUAUUUUGGCAUGGUAGAAACUCAUAUAAAAAAGCAACCACAUUAAGUUUGUUUGUCAUCCAUAGAGGUUUAAUUAUAAGUAUUAUCUAAUUUGUUUUCAGUAGUGUCUUCUAUUUUGUAGCCAUUCCUAUUUACAAUGGUAUGCUGAUGCUUGGUUAUUCAACUUUUUAUACAUCUUUACCUGUCUUCUGUUUGAUUUUUGACUAAGAUAUUUCUUAAAAAAUGGUUCAACAGUACCCUUAAUUAUAUAAAACUCUAUAAAGAAACAAAAGAAUGAGCACAAAAUCAAUAUUAGUAUGGAUCUGGAUUAGCAUUUACUAAGGAGCUUUAAUCAUGCUUAUGACUUUAACUAUGUUUAAAGAAGCCUUUUUAAAUAUUGUGACCAUUACAUUUACGUCAUUAAUUUUUAUUGAGCUUUUGAAUGUAUACUCAUAGAUUCAUACAUUCCAUUUUGCAAUGGUAGUAAGUCAGGUAUUCACGUUCCUUUUAUAUGUUCUAAGUAUCAUAUUCUUAAAUAAUUAUAUUGAUACUGCUUAAAUAAAUAUUCACUUCUUUGUUAAAGUUUCUUUGAUUUGCUUAUGCACAUGGCUACCUGUUCAUACAUUUAAGAUAAUUUAAUAAGCUUGUUAUCCUAGUGAAGAAAAAAAAAUAAUGCGUCAAGUAUUUACCUUAAAAGAUUUCUUAGGAGUUUUAAUAGGAUUUGCUAGCUUAUUGAUAUUUGUAUUUUUAUAUGCAAAUUGAUUUAUAAUUUUAAUUGUUUAAUAUAAAUAAAUUAUGUAGUUUUAAUAUUUUAUUUUUAAUAAAAAUACUUUAAUGUUAAUUAUACUUCGUUUACAUCUAUAAUUAUUAUCUUAAAUGUUUGUCAGUUAUUUCCAAUUUAUUUAUAC